CUAACGGUUCCGAGGAGGGGGCGGGGGGGGUGGGGGGGGAGAGAGAGAGAGGCUGCUCCCCGCGCCCCCGCUCCGGGCUCCUGGUUGGGUAAUUCGGGUUAAUGCCGCGAGCGAGCCCUGCGCCGCUUCAAAGGGUAUUUCAAGUUGCCGGAGCUCCGCCCCCCGCGCCGUGUGACAACAACAACUCGUCCGGAGCGGGCGGCAGCGGCGGCGGCACUUCCCGACUCCUUUUCUCUCUGUCAUUCCCCUCUCAAUCUUUGAUCAAUGUACUCGCCGGAGAGAGCCCGGGUCCUCCACACCUCCUCCUUCUCCCGGUCGCCCUCACCGCGGUGCUAGCGCGGGGCCGCAGGCAGGAGCUGCCCUCCCCCUCCCCUCGCCCCGGCCCCGCCGCCCGGAGCGGACUUCUCUCCUCCUCCUCCUCCUCCUCCUCCUCCGGCCCCGCUCGCGGGACACUUUGUGCGUUCGGCGCUCACUCCGUCCCUGCUCUGCUCUCCCGCUGCCGCAGCACCUGAGCGGGGCUGUCCCCCUUCUCUUCCCCCUCCUCCUCCUCCCUUCUCCUCUCCUCUUUUUUUUUUUUUUUUUAAUAUAUAUUUUUUUUCAUUUUCCCCCUUCUCCUGCGCGCGUGUGUGGGAACUUUCCCCCUCCCUGCCCCCCCCCGCCGUAUAUGUGACCAUGGCCGUUCCGGCUGCGCUGAUCCCUCCGGCCCCGCUGGUCCCCCCUCAGCCUCCGGUCUCAACUUCUGCCGCCUGCACCACCACCACCACCACCUCCUCGGCGGCCGCCACCUCCUCUCCGGCUCCGGCCAUCGCUCCCCCGCCGCCCGCCUCGGGGACAAACCUAUUCCGCCCGGAGCCCAUCGCAGCGCCGGCGGCGGCGGCGGCCACAGUCACCUCCACCGCCACCACCACCACCACCGGAGGCAGCGGCGGAGGCGGCGGCAGCGGCGGCGGCAGCCCCAGCCUGGGCACCGGCACCGGCACCGGCGGCGGCACCUCCGGCACCUCCACGCCCAACGCCGGCGCGGCCGGCAGCCUGCCCGGCAAGCCCGUGUACUCGACCCCGUCCCCGGUGGAGAACACCCCCCAGAAUAACGAGUGCAAGAUGGUGGAUCUGAGGGGGGCCAAAGUGGCCUCCUUCACCGUGGAGGGCUGCGAGCUCAUCUGCCUGCCCCAGGCGUUCGACCUCUUCCUGAAGCACUUGGUGGGGGGCUUGCACACGGUCUACACCAAGCUGAAGCGCCUGGAGAUCACGCCCGUGGUCUGCAACGUGGAGCAGGUCCGCAUCCUGCGCGGGCUGGGGGCCAUCCAGCCCGGCGUCAACCGCUGUAAGCUCAUCACCAGGAAGGACUUCGAAACUUUGUACAACGACUGCACCAACGCCAGGUACUCAUGGGAAAUCUCUUGAUCAGAUUCACAUCUGUUCCUGUCAAAGUGGGUGCUAAGAUACCGGUCACCCAGCAACCAUGUCCAAGAGGGAAUUGGGCCGAUAAUAACUUCAAAAAGGAAUGACAGAUGCUAGAUUAGGAUGAAAGACAAAACGCAUGAAAAAUGAGCUUGUUAGAAUAAAAAAAUUGUUCAAGCACCUUCAUGCAAAUUAAAUGAAUAUUGAACAUUUGCAUGCAGUAAUUUCUACUUUUUCUGUUGAUUGAGAAGAAAUAAAGAUGGUACAUAUAAAAUCGUAAAUGUAUUUUUUAAUUUUUUUUGCACCAAUUAACAUACAAAGCAGUAUCUUUCUUCUAAAAAUGAGAUUAGCCACCUGGGUGCUUGGCUGUAUCCCACAUAUGUCACAACAUUUUUGUAAUGAGUGUGCUUCUGUUGAAGGAACACCUUUUCUAAUUCUUCGUAGCAAAACAAACAAGGAAGCAACCUUACAUUCAUUUUAAAAUACUUUAGGUUAACGUGGUUCUAUUUCUUUCUGCUCUGGUUUACAGAGCUGAAUUAUUUCCUGCUGUCCUUGAAUUCAAUCAGUAUAAUGCGCAUUAAUAAAAGAUCACAUAAGAUGAGUUCAGACCAAAUGCUAAGGUUUCCUAUUGACUGGUCAAACAAUAUGAUUUUAAAGCACAGUGUCAGGGUAGCAUGAAAGAAAUAGUCAGUUUUCCAUGCCUGUAUAUGAAGAUAUUUAAAUAAUCUAAGUUUUAUUACUGAAACAUUCACAUAACAGUCAGAAUUUGGAAAAUAAUGAUAUAAUAUUCUGAUUGAGAAAGAAUUUUGUGUCUUGGUUUAGCAGUGUCUAAUGUGGUCACGUACAGAAAUUGAUUUUCUUCAGAAAUUAAUUAAUUUUUCAUAUCGCCCUAAGCUGCAGUUAAAAAGAGUGCAUACUUGUCUGUUUUUUCCAGAAAUAUUGCCUAAUCAUAUUAAUACCAUUGCCCCAAGGAUGAAAAGAUAAUUGUACAAAUGCAUUUGGAAAUAUGUAUCACUGAGUAUUUAUGAUUAAAUUAUGCAAAUGACCCAGCUCUCAUCCUUUCCAGACCCAGAUUGUCUAAUUAGGAUUGAUAUGCUGAAUAGAUGUUCCAGAAUUUGAAUACAAGCAUGUCCAAAGAGCAGAAAAUUGGAAAUGACAAGGCUGAAAUGCUAAGAAAAGUGUCUUUCCCUUUAUACUUUACUAAUGUGGUGUUAGCAGUUGCAGUUUUUCCUUUGGCUAUAUUGUGUGACUCAUGUGUCCUACAAGAAAUAAGUCGGGAAAGAAAAAUCAACUUUCAUAAUGAGCAUUACUUUAUUCAGGACCUAUUUUUCUUAAAAUUCUACUAGUCAUCUCUCUCCCUUUAACGCUUUAUAGUCUUGACAUCAAAAUAAUAAUUAAUUCCACAUAUUUUUUCUUCAUUUGAACCACACUACUGGUGCUACAUGUUUAACUUGUAAGUUUCUCAUGCGUUCAGAUGAGGUUUAUACACCUCACAUAUUUAAGGUUUGGUGGUUUGUUGGUUUUUUUUUGUUGUUAUUGUUGUUCUUAUUAGUUGAAUUCACAAUGCCUUCAUGUAAUAACUUUUUCCUUUUUCCUUCUUUUUUUCCUUUUUCCUUUUUCAUAGAAGAGAACUGAUGUCUCUUUAAGCUCGUUUAUGGGCAUUCUGAGAAUAAUAUCUAUCUGAAAGUCAACAGAGUUUAAAUCCUUCUUCUGCAGAGAGCUGUUUGUUCAUUUAUUGCUCUUAGGAAGCUGGGAGAAGAGUCUGGUGAGUAGGAAGGAGGAGUGCUGAACUGUCAGUACUUCAGCCAUUGUUAGCAGCGGGAGUCACUCCGUCUGAACUCUGCUGGCUCCUGCUUCCCAUCUGCAGGAUGAUGGAUUGCUAUGUUUAAUACAUUUCAGCUUUUGUCUGUCAUAGUGUAGAUAGACAGCGCUAUCAAUGAUUUCAACACUGAUUAGAGCGCUGGCUGUACCCACUGCUAUUGGCCAGGCACCUCCCGGGAAUGUGUGAUGUGGUAACUCGUUGGCACCCGUGCCAUGCAAAUGAGUAGCUCAGCUAACUAUAGACUGGUUUCAAACUACUGCAAAAGACUGCUGGGAAUUAUUAAACCCACAGAGCCCCUCUGGAACACAGUUUGGACAAGCCUGAGAAUGCUUGGUACCCAAUAUAACUCCUUUUCCAGAGCGGUCCUGAGCUCAGAUAAGGGCCCCAUGCUUUUAAUAGCCUGGCACAGCCUCUGCUCGCAGUGCUGCGUUCCAGGGGGUGUGAUGUCAGCAGCGCUCGGCCCAUCUGCACUUAAGUGUUUUGCUACUGGUGAUAUGGUAGGAGUGCAAGGGUUGCAUUGAAGCAAUAAGAUAUGACAUGACAUGUGUCGUACAAGGAUUUGCUCAGCCGUGGGUGCUUGGUGAUUCACAAGUCCACGGGCUGAAUGAUUUCAACCACCAGAGAAGUCGCUGUAUACCAGCACAACAUAUGCCCUGGAGUAUCUUCUAAUAAUUAUAAAAUGGUGCAGUGGACGUUGGAAUUGAAAAAAAACAACAAUAUUCAUGUUAUAGGCAUCAUUUUAGAGAAUUGGAUAAUAUAUGUGUUAUUUUCACUAUCGGCAUAUUAAUUUUGCACACAGAAUAAAAUACUAUUACAAAUCUGAUGUGUGAAACUUCGUAUUGUCUUGGAAACAAAUAAAUAAUGCCGCUUGCUGGAGCAUACAACGCUAGUUUUAAAAGAUGCCUGACCCAGUUUUCUUGAUUUGGACCACUGCCCACCAUGACAGGCCAUGCUGAGGAUAACUUUCACUUCAUUCUGAACUGCGGGAGGAAGGCAAGUGAAAUCGGGAGAUAUUAAUCGUCCUUGAUUUAGCUUUGUUACUUGAGAUUUUAAUUUACAGAACUGGAAUAAUAGGAAUGGGUAACUAAUACAGGCCACCACUAAUGCAAGUGGAGAAAAAGGCAAUUGUAAAUAUGUUUCCUUUAUUCUUACCCACUUUAUAUUCAUUCUGUGGUUCUAUUCAUUUCUGUGAUUCUCAUUCUGAGAUUUGGCUGUGGCAUCCUUUGCUUUUUAAAAAUUUCUUCACCUUUGGUUCAGCUUCCGUGGCUUUGCUUUUAGGCAGCGAUUUGUAAUUUCUCAGUUGUGCUUGCAGGAAAUCUAAGCUCCGUGGCACAGUCAUGGAUGCCAUUUUUAUUCCUUUUUAAGAUGAUCCAGGCAGCGGCAAUGCUCACAGGGAGGAGUGUUCAUGCUAAUUAAAAGCUUGAGUUUACCUUUCAAAAAAUGUUGGCAAUUUGCCUGGGAGAAAAUUCUGUCUUCAGUCACCAUUUUUAAUCUACUUGUCUGUUAGGAGUUAUCUUCACUUUAAGAGUUUAAAAGUUGCCUGGAUGUUUAAGUAGGUUCUUUGACAUCGUUCCUAAGUGCUUGCUUGCCAUAUAUGAUGAUCAGAGGAUCUAAGGGGCUUUGCAGAGAGGAAUAUCAGUAAUAAGGAGGGCAUAAUCUUGACAUUUACAGCUGCCAGCUUUUCUCAAUUUAUGCUCCCUUCGUUAGCAAUGGCUGUACAGUGGUGGAACAGGGAAACUUGAGGAGUACUUUACAAAUUAAUCAGAAAAGUAAAAAAUAAAAUUUCUUAAUGUAUUAAAACCUCCUUGAUUUUUUCUCUGAUGAAGCAAAUGACAUUUGGCUAGAGAUACUGAAAGGGGCUGUUCCUCUAGUGACACCAGCAGAAAUCAAUAGCUGGAGCAUUCAUACGCGCAUAGUAGGGAAUCAACAGUCAUUUGAAAGUUAAUGAAAAGUGAGUAUGAAAUAAAUCCAUACAUUAGUAGGUGAUGGUUAAAUAAAUGUAUCAUAUAAAUAUGAUAGGUAAAGGAAUCAGAUAAACUGUUCCAUAAUCAGAUUCAUGAUAUCUGCUGUUUGUUGUGUUUCUGUAGAAGUAAGGCGGUGAUACUACAGUGUUUUUGAUAGCAGAUCUGGUUUAGAUAAUUUGGUCCCUCUUCUGUUUCCUCCAGACCCAUGAUUACUUUCUUGUAUAGCUGUGCCUCUACAGCUUUGUGUGACCAUUUUCUACAAGAGAUCAAGUCUAGGUUAAAAAUACCUCCCCACUUACCCCCCACUUUUACAAUGUUAUUUUUAUUAACCCUGAUUUUUUGGGGAAAACAGAUCACUACGUGCUUCCAUCAACAGCUGUGCUGUUUUACAGUAAUGGGCAAAAGCAACAGCAAUGGAUGAUGGUGGCAACGAGGGAACUUUGCCUUCAUUUUUAUGUAUGGUGGUCCGAGGUGCCAUGAAAUUGUCUGUGUCCUCCCUGCAGCAUUGUGAUCUGAGCCCUGGAAAGGAACUGCGGAUUACACAACAGUUUUAACAGUAUUUAACAGGAGAAAACAGGAGUGGGAUCAGUGCUAAUGAAGGGAGAAGUAGAAUCUUUGAAAGAAAAACACAACACAGUGAAAGCCACAUUCCUUUCUCUUGGCUAUAUGCUUUACUGAGUCUUGGCCUGCUGUGUAUUGCAGAACAAAUGUGGUUGAUCUCUGAGGUACAGUGUGACUUAGGCCUAUGGAUGCUCACCCUAGCCAUGUUCUGAUUGUCAGUAAAGGUAAGACUUGUGUGUGCACCAUCUUCUAUGUCCUGGAUAUCUCUGCUUCUAUGCGGAGUUGUUACAGUACAUCCCCAGGUCUGUGGGAAGCACUGCGAAGUGAAGAAACCCUGCAAUUUAGGCAAAGGCAGCGAAGUCUCUGCUGAUUGAAACAGAGUGUAAGCCCUAAAUUAUUCUACUUUCUUUUUUUUUAGUCUUUUGUCGCUCACAUACCUCUUGCCUUCUUUGGUAUUGUUUUCCUUCUCCCUCUCCCUCCUAAUGGUGUGUACUCUAAUAUAGAAAACAUCUCUGGUAGCUGCACAGGAACUAACAGCAUCGCUUAGACCAGUGGGUUCUGCUAGGGUACAAAAUGCUUAUUUUAUUGCGAGCACCUAGUUCCCAAUAACAGUGCCCAGUGUUAAUGCUGAUGGAAAUAUCUUUCUAACUGUAACAAAAGCUAGGCUAUGACAACCUGAAUACGCUCACCGGCUGCCUUGAUUACACUGUUGUGUGCUUCUUUAUAUGCAUUCCUAUCCUAUUAUUGUUUACAAUGUGGUCAUUUAGAGCCAAAAGGUCUGAUAUUUCUGUUUUAACACCAGUUGAUUUAUUCGGCAGCUUUUUGCGUUCAUUCUGGAAAAAACUUCUGAAGCUUCCGGAUCCUCAUCCACACUGAAACAGUGGGAAACUUCAAAUUUCCCUGGGUAGGCAUGGUUUUAGAAGAACUUUUCUCUGCUCAGAAUGGUCUGACUUCACUGUAAAGUAGGCUCCACUGUGUUAAUCCUCUUGGAAUGCAGCAAUUAUCACCUACCAUAUAGGUGUUAAGUGCUGAAUUUCAAAGGGAUUAUCACUUUCCUCCUUUAGUGGCUAAACAAGAAGAGAAAAGUUGUUAGUACUUCUGAAGAGGAGGGAAGAAAAAAAAAGAAAUCUCUCUUAUUUUCUUUUUGUGGUCUCCUUCAGUCUGGCAAAAGAUGAGCAAACUGGGUUUUGCUACAGCUAGUUACUUUGAGUUGCUCUUCUUAUAAAGACAUUUAUUUCCCAUCCCCCUGAAGUACCUAUCUUUUCUGAAAAGAGCCAUUCAGAACGAAAAUUGAAAGUUAUGUGGGUGCACAAAAUUAUGUAGGAAAACCAAAGUUUUCUAUGUCCUUAGAGUAAGUUUUUGUCAGCGAUCUGGAGACUUUCGUCAAGUUUGUCUUAAAAGUUCAGAUUUUUCAACAGUUUGAAAGUGUAAUUGAUGCUUUUAUUGAUGUUGCAGACAGCGUUAAAAAUUAUCCUAUUUUUUGUGCAUACUUUCUUUUCAUGUCUGUUUUCUUUAACUGACAUAGUAGUAUUUUAUUCUUCCGCUAGCAAUAUUAGUGAUGCAUAUUAGUUUCACGUGGUUGGUGGAUGAGGUGGGGCCAGUGUCCUUGAAUCUUU